UCAUCUCGAUACGUCUGGGGAAGCGAGUUUCUCGUGUUGUAUUCGAAUGCGACACAAUGGACAGGAUACUUAAAGGGAUCAUGAGGUACAGAAGGUGUCAUCGGGAGGAGAUGGUGAAGCAAUUUCGACAAGUUCAGGAUCAUCCCGAGCCAAAAGCAGUGUUCUUUACCUGCAUGGACUCCCGGAUGAUUCCAACUAGAUUUACGGAAACAAACGUUGGGGACAUGUUUGUCGUGCGGAAUCCCGGCAACGUCGUGCCGCACUCGCAACAUUUCGUCGACGAGUUCACCAUGUGCGAAUCGGCGGCGUUGGAGCUCGGUUGCGUGGUGAACGACAUAAGGCACGUUAUAGUCUGCGGCCACAGCGAUUGCAAAGCGAUGAACUUGCUGUACGCGCUGCGAGACGAGGAAUUUGCGUCUAAAACGAACCGGAGGAUAUCGCCUCUGCGAGCGUGGCUGUGCGCGCACGCGAGCAGCAGCCUGGCGAAGUUCCAGCAUCUCGAAGUCGCCGGUUUCCGCGAGCCGAUUGUUUUUCAGGCCGAGACGCCGCUGCGGAAAUUCGUCGCUUACAUCGAUCCGGAGGAUAGGUUCGCUAUCGAGGACAAGCUGUCGCAAAUUAACACGUUGCAGCAGCUCCAGAACAUCGCGUCCUACGGCUUCCUGAAGAGGCGGCUGGAGCGGCACGACCUGCACAUUCACGCGCUGUGGUUCGACAUUUACACCGGGGACAUUUAUUAUUUCAGCCGCGCCGGCAAGAGAUUCGUCGAGAUAAACGAGACAACGGAACCGUCUCUGCUUCGAGAAGUCAGGAAAUAUUAUUCGUAGACACACUCUCACCCUCUCUCUUUCUCUCUCUCUCUCUCAUUCGCGAGGAACACCGCGCAUUUUCGCGCCGCCGGCAUAAUCGUUGGGUUAUUCCAGAGGCUACCGCGAAAGUGGGUCGCGGGGGAACGAUCGUACAAUUUUGUAUACUCGAAAUCGAAAGACUCGUCCGCCUCCUAUAAAUCUCGUCGAUAUUUCCCUUUUUUUCUUCUUUUCCACGGGAGAUCGCAGGGGGGGGAUAAUUAAUAAUCUUCAAUUCAAUUCUCGAGUACCACCGAUGUGUUGUCGUCCGAUGUGACGCGUUAUAUAUAUAUAUAUAUAUAUAUUAUAAUAUGCUAUUGUGUGUAAAAUGCCGUAACGGACCGCCACGCACGAGAGAAAAGAACACUUACUGUGGUAGAGCGCCGAAUAAUACUUGGCAAAUUAAUCGUGAUUUAUGGGACUAAUUAACUAACGGAUUUCGCGGGAGCGAUCGGCAUUAAUAUUCCGGUGCUGCCUAAAUACGCCUGUCAGAUAACCGGAGUAAUCGCUUGCCGAGUGCCUCGCAUAUCGCUAAUUGCUUCUGUCGAGUGUCUCGCUCAGCUGGAUGCGACCAUUCCUCGUCGACCGAUCGAUCGAGAUUCGAGUCGGCACACAUUCAUACAGCGCAUAUGUAAUAAAUAGAUUCUCCUCGAGGUAGAACUUAUUUAUCGCGUGACAACGCAAGUUAUGUUUACGUGCGGGGUCUAUUUAUAUCCCUGAAAAUGUUUCAAGAGCUCGCGAGCUGUUCAUGAAGAUUUACGUGCGAGUUACUUUUCAUACAGGGUGUCCCGGAGAGAAUCGAUCAGUGCGUUCUUCGUGUGACAGAUUCUUCGGGACAUUCUGGGACGGAAGGUUCCAGCACGAAGAUCGCCGGCUUAUUCGCAACGAUUUUUCCGCGUACCUUUGUAACUAAAGCUUGAAGUGAACUUCCGUAAGAGGGAAGUCCGCUUGAAAUCGAUCGAAGAGGACGAUUUCGUCGUCCGUUCGAUCGUUCAGUUCGCGAGAAUCCGGACAGCGUGCAAUAUUGAUAAAAUGUUAAAAAAAAA